AUGACCACCGACCUCCUCCGUGAUUCCCCUAUCGGUGCUGUCGACACCAAGGCCCACGACGAGCACAUCGAGACCUCGAAGACAGUCGAGUACAGCGACGACCUGGUCUCCAAGCAGCAUGCGCUCGGCUUCACCAAGACGAUCGGCCAAUUCCGCUUCGCCAUCAUGUACUGCGUCGGUGUCGCCAUCUGCGCCUUGGGCGACGGGUACCAGUUCAAGAUGCCGGGCAAUAUUAUUGAUCAAAUGGGCUCCCCGAACGCUGCCGGUGUAAAGGUACUCGACCCGCAACACGUGGCCAUCUGGGGUGGCGUCUACACUGCGGCCCAAGUCGGCGUGCUCAUGGUCGGAUCGUGGCCGCUGGACUACUUUGGCCGCAAGCCCAUGCUCAUCAUGACCCAAGUCUUUAUGCUGGUUGCCUGCUUGAUCGAGAUGUUUGCGACGAACUGGACCCAUUGGCUCGCGGCUAAGAUCAUGAAUGGUCUCUCGGUCGGCUGCAAUCAGAUGGCGGCUACGACCUACAUCUCGGAGAUUGCUCCUACUCGCGUGCGCGGGGCGGCUUUGGGGCUAUACCAACUUGCCUGGGCCCUUGGGAGCUUCGCCGCGGCCGUCGGACUACAGAUCGUGUCUCAGAUGCCUACGAGCCAAUGGCGUCACGCGGUCUACUCGAUGUGGGUCUUCCUCGGCCUCGCCUUUAUCGUCCUCCUGUUCGUUCCCGAAAGCCCUCGGUUUUACGCUGUCAAGGGCCAACACGACAAGGCGCGCCAGGCGAUGCGGAGGGUCUACCGGGGUGUCCAUGACUACGAUAUCGAGCACGAGUACGGGAUCAUCCUGCAAGAGAUUGAGGAUGGUAAGGUCUUGACCAACAAGCAAAAGGACAUGACUCUGCUUGAUUGCUUCAGGGGUACCAAUCUUCGCCGAACCAUCAUCUCCGUCACUCCCUUUACCUACCAGCUAUGGAUCGGUUCCCCGGUCGUCUUCAGCUACACUAGCUACUUCUUUAGCUUAGCAGGACUCGCCCAACCCUUUAUCGCGACUGUCGCAGUCAACACUGUACUCGUCAUCUCUGUCGCCACUUCUCUGUUCACCACCGAGAAAUUCGGUCGACGGCCGCUCCUGCUGUGGAUGGGCGCGCUCAUGGUCCCGCUCCUAUUCGCUAUCGGUGGGAUUCUCAAAGUACCGCAGACGUCCGCGACAGGUUCCGGCAUGAUUGCUUUAGCGUGCAUCUGGGUCGCCGCAUACGCCUCUUCCGCCGGACCCCUCGGUUUCGUCUUCCUCGCUGAAUGCUCGACCGUCGUACUGCGCGCCAAAACGACCAAUAUGGCCGCUCUGGGUACCUCACUGUUCUCGCUUAUCACCAACUACAGUACACCGCUCAUGCUGGCGAGUCCCAGCUUUGGAGUUGCCAACACAAUGUUCUUCUACGGCAGUACCGGUCUCGUCUCGGUCGUCUUCUUGUACUUUAUCAUCCCGGAGACACGAAACAGGUCCUUCAUCGAGCUGGACGAGAUGUUCCAGCUCAAGGUGUCUUCGCGUCACUUUGCGACAUUCGAGACGUCGGUCGACCGGGCAAAGAAGGGGGAGACGCGUCAGGAUGCUUGA